GGAGUGUGCUCCGCGCACGGAGUGUCGCGUCACGGAGGGCACGGAGUGUUCAGUGUAAACAGAAUCAAAAUGGCGAUGCGCUACGAUAGUGUUAAUUAUUAGAUUAAUUAUUGUUGGUGGUUUGAACAAUUUGGAUUGUUGACAUCGCCGAAUGAUAACGCAAUUUGCGAAAAGAUGCUCGCGACUAAUUAAGGAUGGCAAAAUGAGGUGAUCACCUGUAGAUGGACUACUCAACAUGAGUACAGUGAUAAUUUACUUUUGAUUGAAUACCGUUCAAAUCGACACGAUGGACAAUCUGUCGGAUUCAUUUCGAGGGGAGCUGGAUUCCGUGACCUCGACGGACUCACUCCAGUUGAUCACCGACGAAUUCCAUCUGCGCCACUUGUCCACGCCCGAUGUCUCCAACAUCGAGUUGUCCAAGCGAGUGGCUCUGUUGGAAUUGGAGAACGAGCGACUGCGCGUCGACUUGGAGAAUGCGCGAAUCGAUUUAAACGCCCGGAUCGCCGCAAAUCAGGGUCUCAAAGGCAAGAUAACCGAGUUGUUCGUGGAGAUGCAAACGGUGCUGCAGGACAAGCAGAAGCUGCAGAAUACACUGACCGACACCAAUAAUCGUCUGUCCGCCGCGGAGGCAUCCGCGAAGUGGUAUCAGUCGCAGGUGCACAUCUUGAUGGCCAGCAAGAAGAGUCUGCAGGUGGAGAUAGACACGUACCAGAGCAUACUGAAGCAACGGCAGCACGCGAUAGCGGAUGUGAACGCCAGUUACAAGAAACUGAGCGUCGAGUACACCGAACUCGCGCAGCGGUAUCAGAGGGAGAAGCAGGAAAUGCAGAGCGCGGUGAAGGACUUGCAGUCGCACAUCCGGUCUAUCAACACGGUGCAAGACGCAUUGGACGGAAACUCGACGGGCAGUCCGUCCGACAUGUCCAUGGUGUUGGAGGCGACCGAGGACGAGUUGCGAAACACCAAGGCUGAACUGAAGACGCUCGAGCAACGCCUGCUGGGCAACGAGAUGGCGAGAAUGUCGAUGGAGAACACGCUGAGCAAGCAGCGCGUCCUGAUCUCAUCCAUGGAGGAGGGCAUGCAAAAGUCCGAGACGGAGAGGAACGAGACCGCCGACCUGCUGCGGAAGACGCAAUUCGAGAUGCAGAAGCUGAGGUCCGAGAACGAGGCGCUGGAGAUUUCGUUGUCGACGUCCAAACGAGAGCAGAGUCAAGUGGAGGACGCGAUCUCUCAUCUGAGGCUGCAGCUGACCAGAAUGAUAGCGCAGUACAAGCUGUUGAAGUCGAAGAACGCGGAAUCCGAGAAGAAAUUGAGUAUCAUGCAGGAUCUCACGAACGAGAAUAAGCGCUUGAAGACUUUGUCAUACAAGGCGAACAGUGCGCUGCUUAAAAAACUCAGAGAAGAGAAGGCAAAGAUGAGGAAUUUGGAGCGGAAAAUCUAUUACAAGCUGACGAACGAUCAGCUCGACAAUAUGAAAAGCAAAACGGAACGUUCUUUGCAAGAAUACCUGAAGCAAGUCUUGUUGAAAAACAAGGAUUUACAGGACCAAUUAAAAUCGGUAACUGGAGUAGCCGAUGAGAGUAUUGACGAAGGAUACGGUGACAGCAAUAGUAUUAACACUUCUUCGAUCUCGCUGGACGUACCACUACCGUCGCCGUCUCCUGUAAAUUCAGUAUUAUUGAACAACGCCGUCGACGUUCUUACGCGAAGCAGAGAUUUCGGUUCGUCGAUGCAAGAGGAGCUAAACGCACUUCGUGCGAAGAUGGAGAUGCUUCGAAAUCAAUGCAACAUACUGAAUCAGCAAAACGAUCAUUCCAGUGUCAACGAUACGACUCCCCCUCCAAGAGAUUCUACAUAGUUCGAGGCUUAUUUCUUAUUCGUGAAUACAUGCGAAUAGAAUAUAGCCUUAGUAAGUAAUUACAUUCAUUUUGAACGAUAUAUUCACACAUAUCGUAUUUAACUGAAUUUAAUUGUAGGAUAAUUAUAAAUAUUAUGUGGCAAAAUAAACUAAAUGUAAGUAUUAUUAUGUGCUAAAGUAGACGUUUAAAUAAUAGUACCGAUGGUAUUAUUCGUUGAAGUAUGUAAAAGGGGGUUGUAAAAUGACAUUAAUAUUUAUUUGUUAUUUUUGGACAUAUUAUAUAACUGUUAUUUAUCAUGUAUUAUAUAUUUAUUCCCAUUUUUGUAUUCGACAUUCGGUUUAUAAUAUUGAAAUUGGUUUAAAAAUGUGACUAAGGGUGAUGGAAAAAAUCUAUCCACAUCAUUUUGCAAAUAAUUAUAAGUAUAAACAGUAAUACUUAUCACAAUUAUAAAACUGCGUGUCGCGCGCAUAAUAAUUAUAUAAUAUAAUGCUUAUUAUUCUAAUAUAUCAAAUAUGGCUGUAAUACAAAUGUCAUGUAAUACAAAUGUCAGUAUUACAAAAUGUGACAUGGAGUAUUUAUGUUAUUGUUAUUAAAGAGAAAUUUUAAAGAGAUACGCUAAUUUCGAAAAGAAAUUUCUCCAAAGAUAUACGCGACCUGUAUCAAUAUUUUUUUAUUAAAAAUAAAAUGUGUAGAAUAAAUAAUGUUAGAAGCGUGAGCGAUAAUAUGUCGUCUUACCUAUGUACUUAUAGCUACUGGAAUAAAUGGAGAGAACAUCAUAAAUAUUCCUUUGCAUUUUGCGACAUAGCAUUUGAAGGAGCGCGAUAAAGUUGCUGAUCUGCCAAACACUCGUAAGCUUAAAAAUCCACUCGAUUUAAGUUCACUAAGAAAACAAAUCGUAAAAAUGUGAAUUACAUCGAUUCCAUUUAACAAUAGAUAUAUAGCUACAUAUAUAAUAUGGAUGUAUUAUAACAGCGUUGGGAUAUUAUCGUGAAGUAAUUAUCUCGACUUUGUAUUGUAUUGUUCUCAUAAUUUGGUGCGAAUAAACGCACUAAAAAUAUGUCGACAGAAAUUUAAAUAUAUGUAUUCAUGUUAGAA